AUGCAAAAGUCCAUCAUAGCAUAUCUGUUAGGCAUCGCCAACCUCUCAGCGGCGGCGUUGGACGCGCAACUCGUCCUUUCUCCGAUCGCCGAGGCCGCGAGUGUGUCGCCCCCGCACGGCGAUCACAGUGUCGAUGGGAGAAUAUUGGCUGCAAUAAAGAACCACCCAGACCCAGUCGCCGCGUAUGUCUCGCUCCAGAGUGAGGAUGUUCGAGCGGAGACUGAAGCGGUACUGGCUGAGCCGCGUCUCUUGCAGAUUAUGGGCGCAGCCAAGCCAGAGUGGAUGACUGAGGGAGACAAAAUGCGACUGCGUAGAAAUGGGACAAAUUUCAUGGAUAUCACUGAACAUGAAGAGUUUUAUGCGGAGCAGGUGCACGAUGCGGCGGCCGAGAAGCCAAAUACCCCUGAGCUGGUUCAUGAGAGACUUAUCCGAUCUCUUUUCCCCUACAUCGAUACAGGAAGAAUGCUCGAUGUGCUCAAGCAAAUGACUGGCUAUUAUAACCGUUAUUUCGACGAUAUCCACGGAGAAUUAAGCUCUGAAUGGCUUCAUGACCAUAUUUCUCAAAUCAUUGCCGCCUCCCCGCUUCACACCCACAUCUCGCUAGAGUACUUUACCCACUCUUUCCGCCAACCCUCUAUCAUCGCUCGCUUCGAGCCAAAAGUCCGCAACUUCUCGCAUCCUUUAACUAUCCUCGGUGCGCACCAAGAUUCUGCUAACUAUCUCUUUCCACUCCUGCCGGCCCCCGGCGCGGACGACGACUGCUCUGGCACCGUCAGUAUUCUUGAGGCUUUUCGCGUUCUGGCUGAAGCCGGAUUCACUCCCAAAGAUGGCCCGGUCGAAUUUCACUGGUAUGCUGCGGAGGAAGGUGGCUUACUAGGCAGUCAAGCUAUUGCUCGGUACAAAAAGGAACAAGGAGCGCACAUUGGCGCAAUGAUGGAAUUUGACAUGACGGCAUUUAUUGCCAAGAAUGCCACGGAGACUAUCGGAUUCAUAUCUACGGAAGCCGAUGCAGUUCUGACGGACUGGGCGGUCAAUUUGAGCAACAAAUACCUCUCCAUCCCCGCCAAGGUCUAUGAUCUCCCGGGGAAUGCAUAUUCGGAUUACAUGUCCUACACAAAACUCAACUAUCCGUCUUCUUUUGCUUCCGAGGGAAAUCCCGCUGCCGGUGGCUUAAUUGGUGAAUACGAUCCGUACAUUCACGGGGUUAACGACACCAUGUGGAUCGAUGAUGAAACGGGACAUUUUUCUGUUGACCACAUGGCGAGGUUCAGCGAGUUAGCCAUUGCAUUUGCCGUAGAGCAGGCUGGGUGGGACAAUAAGUGGAGGUAGGUAGCAGCAUAACUUCUGUUCCAGAAAAUGG